UCCUCUAUCUUCCGUUUAGAUGUUGUGGACGCGGCUCUGCUUGAUGGAUGCUUGGACGGUGUCCUAGGAGGUGUUUUUGUGCUGAGAUUUCCACACGUCCAUCUACGGAAGUCGACAUCGACAGCCGGGAUGUACAGUCAUGAAGCACAUUCAACUCCACGCCGCAACCUCUCCAGACAACACCUGUUAGACGCUGGACAAGAUUCUCCCCGGAGGAAUAAAAUCGGGGAAAAUAUAUUCAAGUACUCGCACCUGGUACGGGUCGAAGUGUUCCUGUCCUUGUACGUCUUCUCUCGUAUGUCCAUCAAGACACCAAUCCAAGCUCUGGUGCUUCGUAAGACAUGCCUCUACAGCCUCAACUUGAAUUCUACCAUCUGCGACAACCUGGCGCUCUACCCGGCUCACCAGGACCAAGUGGAUGCCAUAGGAAGCCGGUACAGCAUGUACGGGGUCAUAGUUUCCCUGGGUCCUUCCGCGCUGAUCUCGUCGUUUGCGGGACCUUGGUGCGACAAGUACGGCUACAGGACUCCCAUCCUGCUUGGCAACAUUGGUUUUCUUUUUACGCUGGUCUCUGUUCUCUGCACCGUGUUCUGGAUGUCGUUACCGCUGUACGCGAACGUUCUCGCCAAUAUUCCCGAUGGCAUAUGCGGCGGUAUCAUUACGAUCCUAGCGGCAGUGUACAGCGAAGCGACGGUGUCGACGCCGGAGAGAAAUCGGUUCAUUAAGUUCUUCGGUUUGAAUCUCGUCUUCGUGACGCUCUCUCAAGCUGCAGACAUGGUCGGUGGCUUAGUACUUCACUACGCCGGGUUCAGUACCGUGGUACUUGUAUCAUUGGCGACCUGUGCGGUCGCUGAAGUUUGGGUUUUGUUUUCGUUCAGCGACAAGGCUUCGGACGAUACGGUAUCGGUGAAAGUGCAAAGAUUUUUUCGUGCGGAAAAUCUCAAAGAAGGUUUCCGCACGUUCAUUAAGCAGCGACCGGGAAGUAGGAGAUCUCAAAUCUGGUGUGUGUUUGUUGCCAUGAUUCUCCUGACCGUUGAUUACUCAGCCAACAACUUGGGAUACUUCUACACGAGCAAGAUGUACUCUUGGAAUGUGGCCUAUUACGGCUUCGUCCAGUGCAUCGCUUCUCUAGGCAAAGUACUGGUGAACGUUCCACUUCUGUGGCUGUUGACGCAGCGUCUCAGGAUCGGAGAUCCCGUGAUGGCAAUAUUUGGCUCUUGCUUCAUCACCGUUCAUCUCGUGCUUCUUGCUUUCGCCUACGCAGACUGGCUGUACUACGUCCAGUGUGCCCUUUCGACUCCUACAUUGAUGGCACGGGUAGGGAUACGCUCUCAUCUUUCCAAACUUGUCGACAGCAGCGAAGUCGGUAAAAUCUUCUCCUUCCUGUCUACGUGCGAGUCCUUGAUGCCAGUGCUAGGUGACGCGUUGUUCACGCAAGUCCUUAACUUAUCCAUCAGCUUUUUCCCCGGCCUCGUUUUUGCCACGUCAGCCAUCAUUUCUGUCGUACCGGUCAUCCUCCUCGGAUACUGUACUCGUGUGUCCCGAGGUCCCACGGCAAGUACCAGCGAACCUGGUGAACAGUAGCUGAGCAAUAUACGUUGUUGGGCUAGUUGGUGCAUUGCAUCUGUACUGGUGAACAGUGCGCGGGUGGGACAACGGGGGAUAGCACACCAGCACUCCACUCAAGUACGAUGACGAUGGCGAUGGCAAUCGAUGGUCGAUGCUCAUACCAGUGGCACCACCCCAGUUUAGUUAUUUAUUUUUUUCCCCAGUAGGCACGGUCCUUUUCAGCGGUCUACUCACACUAGUGGCGGAGGUAAACAUUGCUUCCAGUACCGUGUGUCGGAGAUUUCCGGCGCCCGUCAAGAAGUCCUGCCCACGUGCAGCAUGUUAUCACAUAGACCUCUCCCUGUUUGUAAACAAAUGACGUCAUAGCGCUCGGCAGCGCCACCAAUUUGGUAGAGUUGAACGAACUACGCUGGAAGCUAGAGGCGAACAAGGUCGCGCCGGAAAGCCACGGUCUUGAGGGGAUUACGAUAUGGUCCCUGAAACGCGACCAGGGAACAAGUGUCCGUCCAUUCGUAGAGCUCAGCCCUCCCCUUCAGAUUUGUUUCGGUUUCAGUCUGCCUACCAAUGCCACGAUGACGUUUCUCGGGUUGAGGUUUAUUACCUGCUUUUUGUUUUGCUCCUGCUGACAUUGUUCAUAUCCCACUGAUACUGUUACAUAUAAUCGGUUCACCCAUAGUGAUGUGCAACCCGGGAACGCGGAUGUGUCUUUCUCUCCCUAACCAUCAGAAGACGACAUAAUGUUUGAAACGUGUCAUACGCUUGACAAAGAUUGUCGUUCUUAGGUUGAAGACGAUAACCUCCGUUUAUAUCUGCGACUGAAAUGAGCAGUACCAUGAGCUCUUUACCAUGGCGCGUCCCAUGAUGGGAAGUGGUACCGGGUCUUCGUAGACCACCUCGAUCUCAUUCAUCGUUGGCUUCUAACCGCUUCUAAUUAGUAGCAGCGGCAUAGUCAUCUCAUUCCAAGGUUGUCCUGGCCAAUCUCCCUUGCGGAUGCAGUGCCAUGGUAUGAUGGAGGCUAAAGAAAAAGAAGUACCGUCCUUUUUUCUUUUUUUCCCACUGAUUAUCUGGUUGGCGCCAAAAGGCGAUACGUAUAUACGCCACACUCGAGAAGAAGGAGAAGAAGCUUCCUGUUCGUUCUGUCUAGGUUCUAUUCUCCUUCUACAACUACUAUGACUUCUGCCGAAAGAACACUCCAGGCUGUCGAUAUUCUUUCUGUGUUGAGACAGAGAAGUGUCCGAUAGAGCAUGUUUCUUCUGGAACUACUAUGGCUUCUGUGGAUGAAGUAUCUGCUGUCGUCAACCAAAAACUCCAGGUUGUCGACCACGUCUUGUUCAUUCUGUCUCUACAUGGAUGAAGAUGGGCCCGGUGAACUAUCUUUCUGCUGGAACUUCCAUGACUUAUGUGGAUGAAUGCACAUCUGCUGAUGUCGACUCUCUGCCCUUCCGUCGAGCGUGACUCGUUAUUUUUGUCUGCACUUUGAUCAUUCGGUAGACUGCUGGACUUUCUUCCUAAAAGUACCGUAAAGAGUUCAUUCUUCGACAGGUAGCGUGGACAACCUCAUUUUUUUUACGAAACAACCGACUCCAAUGGACUUCUUGUAGGCAUUGGUAUAUGCCCGUACUCUGUGUUACAGUUGAGUGUCAUGAUGGCGUGAAGCCUGGUUUAUUCAUAAAAAAACAGAAAAAAAAGAUGAUGCAGUCCCUCUCUGCGCUGCGAUAAGCGCCUGUAUGCUGAAGGUAAAUACCGUUCACAUGUACUGUGAUGAAUACAAACCGGAAAUAAAUACACCAAUAAAAAUUGCCUUCGUACCUUUGUA